CGCUUUCGGAUAGAGGAAUGGUAGCCUUACAUGAGUGCUGACAGCUGACGGCUUGUGGCUGAGUAUCGUGGGUGUAUAAUAUGGUGGAUCCCGAAAGUCUGUAAAUGUUGCCGGUCUUACAAUGGCUGCAAAUUUACAAUGGCUGCAAACUCAUACUACAACGCGCCGGGCGAACAUCAUCUGUAUCCCUCCCCUCUCAGUGAUCAGUUCAGCCAACCGCCAACUCCACUGAGACCGCUCUUCACCCAUACCGGCUACCAGCAAGUCGGUGCCCUCGAAAAGCAGGAUGACCUCAACCACGCACUCCAAGAAGAUGCACACCUCAAAGCACGCAUCCGCCGUUUCCGCGUCAUCUCCCGCACCCUCAGCACCCUCAUCUCCAUCGGCGUGCUGACCCCCAUUGCCAUGACCGUCGCCAAGUUCCUGCAGACCCAAAACACCUACCGCGACGUGACCCGCCCGGACGGCACCACCGUGACCCGCACGGCCUGGGCGCACGAGUCGCGCGUGUGGCCCACGUACUCGUACUUUGGCGUCGCGCUGGCCUCGACGCUGCUCAACCUCGCCACCAUCUUCAGCUACCGGGCCAGCGUCAGCCGCGCGAACAGCGUCGCCAUUGCCACGACGACGUUCUCGUGGGCGGUCAUGCUGGGCAAUGUGGUCGUGUGGGCGGUCGCGGCGAGCGUGUACCGCAAGGAGAAGGACAGGGGCGGGAAGAGCGAUGAUCUGUGGGGCUGGACGUGCAGUGCGGCGGCGCGGCUGGUGCAGAAGGAGUUUGCGGGCGAGGUGGAUUUCAACCGGUACUGCGAUGUGCAGAGUGCGAGCUGGUAUAUCGGGCUGGCGCAGGUCGGAGCGGGCGUGUUGACGGUAGGGAUCUAUGUCAUGGUGUUCGUGAGGAGGAAGAGCAAGAGGAGGGUGCAGGAGUUGUCGAUUGGGGUGGCGCGGUGAGUGGUGGCGGUGAAGGAUAACAUAAGCAAAAGUAGAGGACGAAAUUAUGAAGUUACAGUAAAACACAUGGUUACAGUAAGACAUGAGGAUUUAUUGUUGUGAUUCACAGGAACAUAGAGUAGUAGGUCGAAACUCGGUCAGUGUGGAGGCUUUUCCAGCGCUCGUACUGAAUAAGCAGCCAGCCUUCAUUGAAAUAGGAGACCUCAAGGAUUCACGUCGGCAGCACAGUAUUGGAUGGGAUGGUUCUGUUUCUACAGCUUGUGAAUUCGCUGCUCACUGCCUAUCUCUUGC